AUGAUUCAAGCGGCCACCCAGGUGUCCAAUCCCGCGCCGACCACCGAUCUCGGAGAUGAAGAAUGUAUGAAAGCGACUUCUACAGAUGCACCUUGGCGUUACACAUGCACCUUUAGCCACCUCAGCAACCUCGACACGCAUCAUUUGAAGGAACACAUCGCGGUGGCUCAUUUGAGUGGGUAUGGAAGCGACUUCUACACAUGCACCUUUGGCCACUUCGACAGCCUCGAUACACAUCAUUUCAAGGAACAUAUCGCGGUGACUCAUUUGAUGAGGGUCAAAUACCGAUACUUGCAAUUUUCUCUUGGAAUCCUCACCGGCGAAGCGAUGAUCCAUCAUCGACCAGAAUGCCCUGAAAAAUGUAUCGAGUUGCCC